AGGACGCUGCGGCCGCGUGCCGGACUUCGGAACCCGCGGGCUGUGGGGCUGCACUCCGCACGCUGCUGCCCUUCCGGCCCGGACCGGUAGCAGGCCCCCAGCCUCCCACUGCAGACAGGCCCGCGCGGUGAAGCAGAAAGCAAGCAAUGCCUCAUUCCACAAACAAGGAACUGAUACUCGGCAUCAUGGUGGGAACCACUGGAAUCAGCUUGCUGCUUUUGUGGUAUCACAAGGUUCGUAAACCAAGGACAGCAAUGAACAUACCUACCUUUCUUUCUCUGGACAACACACUGGAUUCAGUCGCUUUUCAAGAUAAAAUGCAUAGUGGUCAAGGAACAGCAGUGAUCUUUCAAAGAAAACAACUUCAAAUAUUAGAAAAGCUAAAUGAAGUCCUGACGAAUAUGGAAGAACUCAAGGAGGAAAUCAGAGUUCUUAAAGAAACCAUUCCAAAGCUGGAGGAAUAUAUACAAGGUGAACUUGGAGGGAAGAUAACAGCUCACAAGAUAAGCCCUCAGCACAGAGCUAGAAAAAGGAGGAUUGCCACAGUUCAAAGUUCAGCAACAAGUAAUAGUUCAGAAGAUGCAGAAAGUGAAGGCGGGUAUAUUACAGCUAAUACUGACACAGAAGAACAGAGUUUUCCAGUCUCAAAAACAUUUAACACACAAAUAGAAGACUUGAAUUUAGAUCUCCUUCUUCAAAAGGCAGAUAAUUUACGUAUGAAUGAGUCUAGUAAGAUGGAAAGUUUUGAACUACUUUGUGACCAUAAAGAAAAGUUUAGAGAUGAAAUUGAAUUUAUUUGGCGGUUUGCCCGUGCAUAUGGAGACAUGUGUGAGCUAUCUACAGAUACACAAGAAAAGAAACACUAUGCUAAUAUUGGAAAAACACUAGGUGAAAAAGCUAUUUCUAGAGCUCCCAUGAAUGGAUAUUGUCAUCUGUGGUAUGCAGUUUUGUGUGGGCACGUAUCUGAGUUUGAGAGCUUACAAAACAAAGUCAGCUAUGGACAGCGUUUCAAGGACCAUCUAGAUAAGGCAAUCCAGUUUUUACCUGAAGAACCCUUUUUGUAUUACCUCAAGGGAAGAUACUGUUACACUGUCUCGAAAUUGAGUUGGCUUGAGAGAAAAAUGGCUGCUACUCUGUUUGGAAAAAUACCAUCCUCAACUGUAGAAGAAGCUUUGCAAAACUUCCUUAAGGUUGAAGAACUAAGCCCUGGUUUUUCUAAGUCCAACUACAUGUACUUAGCCAAGUGUUAUAUCGAUCUUGAACAGAAAGAUGAGGCUCUGAAGUUCUGUAACUUGGCAUUGCUGCUGCCAUGUGUUACCAAUGAGGAUAAAGAUAUACAGAUAAUGGUGAAAAAAAUGAGCACUUCCUUGAAGAGGUAAAUAAAAGAACGUACUCUUCAACAAAUCAGAUGUGGUCUACUAAAGUUCAAAUUAAUCAAAAUUGUGGGUUAUUUUUAAUUAGCUUUUUUUUGUUUUGAUAUAAUGUAAUAUGCUCAGGUGUAAAGGUGAUACCAGUCUCUGCAUUCAGUAGUACUACAAAACUAAUCAUGUUACUUGGAGAAUUCUAUUUACUAUAAUGUCAGUACAAAAUGAUCUUUGCAAAUGUAUACUUUAUA